AUGUGUGCUGGCCCCCUGAUCUUAUCGCACCUGACCCGGACGAGGACUCCACGACGCAAGCUGGAAUUAAGACUUGUGAAGAAGACCGAAGACCCCCACAACGUAAAGCUGGAAUUAGGACUUGUGAAGAAGACCGAAGACCCCACAACGCAAGCUGGAAUUAAGACUUGUGAAGAAGACCGAAACUCCACGAUGCAAGUUGGAAUUAAGACUUGUGAAGAAGACCGAAGACCCCCACAACGCAAGCUGGAAUUAAGACUUGUGAAGAAGACCGAAGACCCCACAACGCAAGCUGGAAUUACGACUUGUGAAGAAGACCGAAGACCCCACAACAAAAAAAAUCUUUUCCCCUCGUUCCCCACUUGGGGUUGUCCAGAGUUUAGUAUAACGGACCCCUGCACCCAUCUGUGGUGCAGCAACUCUUCGGCGCCCCACCUUUGCAAGACCAAGAAGGGACCGCCCCUCGAAGGCACCAUCUGCGGGGACCAGAAGUGGUGUCGCCACGGGUUCUGCGCGUCGAUGAGCCAGCACCCGGAGGGCGGCGGCGGCGGUAGCGGAGGCGGCGGCGAGUCCCCGGUGCGGCACAACCCGCAGGACGGCGGCUGGGGCGCGUGGAGCGGCUGGGGGCCCUGCUCGCGUACCUGCGGCACCGGCGUCGCCUUCCGCACCCGCAAAUGCGACAACCCGCCGCCGGCCUGGGGCGGGCGGCGCUGCCGCGGCAAGCGCGAGGAGUGGAGGGUGUGCGGCACCGAGGAGUGCCAGCUGCCGCGCCAGGACUUCCGCGGCCAGCAGUGCCACCUCCUUCCGCGCAUCGUCAACCUGGACCGGCGGCGCGCGGCGCUCAGCUGGCUGCCCUACGAGCCCAAGAGCAGGCGCAAGAAAUGCCGCAUCUCCUGCUUCAGCCGCGAGACCAACGAAGUGUACAUAGGGCGCGAGUACGUGGUCGACGGGACGCCCUGCUCUUACGACCAGCCCAGUCACAUCUGCGUCCAGGGCAAGUGCGUGGCGCUGGGCUGCGACCACGUGGUGGCGUCCCGAGCGCAGGAGGACGCGUGCGGCGUCUGCGGCGGCGACGGAGCCACGUGCGAGCGGAAGGAGUUCGUCUACGAGCAGGUUCCUCCGUCAGACUACAGCGUGGUGGCCCGACUGCCUGCGGGCGCGCGGAAUAUCGUAGUCCAAGAGGAAAUCGCCACGACGCAUUUCCUGGCACUCGGACCCGACAACAACAACAACAACAACAACAACAACAACAACAACAACAUUAACAACAACAACAACAUCAACGGGAACGUCACUGUGCCUAGCGUCCUCUUCCUGAACGGCGGCCGCACGCAGGAACCGCCCAUGAGUAUCGUCUGCAAGGGCGCGAAGUUCCACUACAGCGACCCCGAAGGACGCGAGCUCCUGCAGGCGCGAGGACCCCUCCUGCGCCCCAUCCUCGUCCUGGUCCACAACUCAGGGACCCGAGAGCGCGCGCGCAUCACCACGAGCUACGUGACGCGGCCGCGGGAGGAACACUACCAGUGGGAGGUCGGCCCUUACACCGCCUGCUCCGUGUCCUGCGGAGGAGGACAGCAGCACCAGACGCUCGUGUGCCGCGACCGCCGUUCAGACCUGCAGGUGUUCCACGACAGAUGCGCGCACCUGCCCCGCCCGCACCUCGGGAGCACCGACUGCAACACCUUCGGGUGCGAGGCGCGGUGGGUGACGGGCCCCUGGGAGCACUGCUCGACCACGUGCGGGCCCGACGGCGUGCAGGAGCGCGAGGUGGCCUGCGUCACGCUGCCGCAGGCCGACUCGGCCAACUGGACGGCGGGCAUCGUGGACCCUGAGCGGUGCAGCGCCAUUCCGAUGCCAGAGGCCGUGCGCGAGUGCCUGAGGGAGCCAUGCCCCGCGCACUGGAUGCCCCUCGGCUGGGGCCAGUGCUCGACCUCGUGCGGCGCGGGGACGCAGGCGCUGCAGUGGGAGUGCGUGGGCGGCGGCGGCAACGAGGUCACGUACGACUGCGGGCCGCGCCCUCGCCAGACGCGCGCCUGCGAGGACAACCCAGCGUGCCCGCCCCCGCCCUGCCAGAGCGACGCCUCCGAGUUCUGCCAGCUGCCCGUCCUGCACAGGUACUGCAAGGUGCCCAAGUACCGCGAGCUCUGCUGCCACACCUGCGCCAACGUCCUGGUCUGAGGCCGACGGCGACGCGGACGGAGAGAUAGCCAGCGCGACGGUGCACCGCGACGGAAGGAGAUACUUGUGAUAGACAGAUGAGAUUGUGUGACUCUUAUUUAAAUAAAAGACUUCACCUUGAAAGGACACACGGGGUAAACGUGAUGAACCGGGAGAAGGAGGGAGGGCGGAGAAGGAAGGAGCGGGGAAGGGGAGUGCAAAGCGAAGAAACGCAACUGCCGAUUACAAAGCUUUACACCGAGGGGCGGGGCGGGGGGAGGGAGGCCUCGGCACCCCAGCAGCGCCCGGCCAGACCCGCCGCGGCCAGGAGAGGCGUCGCAGG